GUCCAUCGCCCUCGCAGAGACAGCGAGACUAGAACCUUCUACAACCCAAGUCAGAGACGACAGCGAGUCCGAUAAAUCCCCUAAAUCUCCAAAUUUAGGGUUUUCUUUUUCUUUUUCAUGAAUUAGGGUUUUCUCUCCUUUCCUUCAACCCUAACUAACAAAUACAAAACCAUGGCGGAGCACUUAGCUUCAAUCUUCGGUACUGAGAAAGACCGAGUUAAUUGUCCUUUCUACUUCAAGAUUGGCGCAUGCCGUCACGGCGAUCGAUGCUCUCGCCUCCACAACCGCCCCACCAUCUCUCCCACUCUCUUAUUAUCCAACAUGUACCAGCGUCCUGACAUGAUUACUCCUGGCGUCGAUGCUCAAGGUCAGCCACUUGACCCGCACAAGAUCCAGGAGCAUUUUGAAGAAUUUUACGAGGAUAUUUUUGAAGAACUGAACAAAUUUGGCGAGAUCGAGAGCCUCAAUGUUUGUGAUAAUCUCGCUGAUCACAUGAUCGGUAACGUUUAUGUUCUGUUCAAGGAGGAAGACCAAGCUGCAGCCGCUUUGCAAGCUCUUCAAGGACGAUUUUACUCUGGUCGCCCAAUCAUUGCUGAUUUCUCUCCCGUCACUGAUUUUCGUGAAGCUACCUGCAGGCAGUUUGAGGAGAAUAACUGCAACCGUGGCGGUUAUUGUAAUUUUAUGCACGUGAAGCUGAUUGGGAGGGAUUUGCGGAGAAAGUUGUUUGGAAGAUAUCGUGGAUAUAGGGUUAGUAGGAGUCGGAGUAGGAGUGCGAGUCCUAGGAAGAGGGAGAGAGAUUAUGAUAGGCGUGAGAGGGAUUACAGGGACAGAGAUCGAGACAGAGACCGUGAUUAUCGUGGAAAUGGGAGGAGGAAUGACAAGUAUGACAGAGAGGGAGGGAGAAAAAGACAUGGGAGUCCAGUUAGGGAAGGCAGUGAGGAACGAAGGGCUAGGAUUGAGCAAUGGAAUAGAGAGAGGGAGGAGAAACAGUAAUUUGAAGAGGGAGUGUUGUUUUGGUUGGACUAGGAGUGGAGAUGUAUGCUGGCAUUUUUCUCCUAUUGUGGGAAGGCCAUUGUGGUGGGUGCAAGGAACUGGAAUUAUGUAUGGAUCACUUAGGAAGGUCCCAUGUUUUGGUAUUUUGUUUUUGGUGACAUGGAUUUGAUGUGUGUCAUGUUGAUCAAUGCUGUUAACUUGAGGCUGGCCCAAGAUCCAGAAUAGUCUAGGAUGUUGAAGUCCUGAAGCACCAAGAACAAGUGGAACUAACCAAACUGUCUUGCUGGAGUUGGGACCUAGCCAAACUCGCAACAUUUUAUGCAUCUAACUACUCUCAUGAGUUCUUCUAUAUCAUUUUAAACAUGUAUUGAGAUGCAUGGUGCCUUAUUAGGUUUUUAGAUAAUCUGUGCUCAUUAUAUUCAAGGGUGGAUUGAUAAAAUAGUUAUAUACUAUGUUAACUCUAGGUAGUGUUAUGAGUUGCAUGAAAUUGCUACUUUACCUCGGGUCUUGAUUUAAGAGCAGUGUUUUGUCCAUGCUAUGAAAUGCAUGUAUGUAAUUCCUGAGAAGUUCGAUGAUGGAGCAUGGACUAGUAUCGAUUUUCUGUUAGCUGUGUAGUUUUUGGACUGGGAUUUUCCUUUUGGGUUGUGGUUAGGUUUUUUAGAGACAAGGUUUUAGUCAGGGCAUUUGGUUAACUUUGAUCCACAAAUACUUGACAGUGGUGCUCAAAAGGCUAAAGCAUUGCAUUCAUGUUUAUAAAGGUCCACCCUGUACUAAAUUUAUUUGGCAACUUUUAUGUUUUUAUUGGACUUGAAAUCGCCACUUUUUAGCAGCUUGUAGGUAUAGGGAUUGCUCCUGCCACCAGAUACAUCACAGCGGCAGGGUGACCUGGGGCCCCAGAGUUUUGUGCUCUACAUUUGAGUAUGGACGCACUCCAAUGAUUUUUUUCUUUCUCAGUUCAUUAAAGGCAAAGUAACAUUGUUUGUUUUUCUAAUGAUUUGUCCAACUGUCUUUAGCUUAGGAUCAGUUCUGGAACUUUGAAUUGGGCCAGUUGAACACGAAGUUGGUCAGAAAAAAGGGCAUGGUGUCCAUGUCCAGUUAGUGUAUUGAAUAUGUUGGUAUUGUGUCCUCUGAAAAGGGGUAAAUAUUUUCUGGAAUAGUUUCUGAUUAUCAUUUUUUUUUUGCUUCGAAAAGCAGCAUGGGCUUACUCUCAAAAGACUCUUGUUAUGAUACAACAUCCUUGACUCGGUGGUUGCUUGCCAAGAUAACUGUGGUUAGUAGGAAGAAGUCCAUGCACCAGAUGAACUGAGUUUUAGAUAGAUUAUUAUUUUAAAUUUUGGAACAGGAACAGCUUGUGGUCGCGAGUCCUAGAUCUUGAUGUGCAGAAGAGGCAAAACCAGGAUCGUAGGAGGUCUUGCUUGUUUGCUAAUAUAGUUCACGGACGGUUAUUUCGGUCCCUGUCUAGUACAAACUCUCAAUUAAUAUAAAAUUUACGUUUUAUUGGAUGCAAA